UGUUUCCUCGGCUUGACCAAUGGUGAGUAGAGAGGGGCCGGAUUGGCGAGCGCCCACGUUGCUCCAUCUUUUUAAAAACCAUCGGUCUCCCUCCUCUGACUGGACAACUGCUGCCUGAGCAGUGACGACGCCUCUCAGCAUCUCGCACACCUGACCAGGCGCCAGUGACCGGUUCACUCCGCUGUGCUUUUGAGUGACAACGUGGCACCAUGUCGGGAUUAAAAACAGCGGCCUUUCUGCUCUCUUUCCUGGCUUCUGUUGCUCUCGGUCAAGAAUUUAGAAGAGAGAGUGCCUCAGUCAGGAACAGAAGAGCGACACCGAACAGUUUUACAGAGACUCGAACGACAGGUCUGACAGAGUGGACAUCUUGGUUUAAUAUUGACCACCCCGGGGGGAACGGGGACUACGAGCGCCUUGAGGCCAUCCGCUUCUACUAUCGGGAAAGAGUUUGCUCAAGGCCCACGGCGAUGGAGGUCCGCACCACAGACUGGGUGGCGGCGGUAGACACGGGAGAAGUGGUCCACUCCAGUCUGGAGAAGGGCUUCUGGUGCAUCAACAAGGAGCAACCCUACGGACGAACGUGCUCUAACUACCACGUCCGCUUUCAGUGCCCACCAGAGCAAAGUUUCUGGAGCGAAUGGGGCGAGUGGGGUCCAUGCACGACAACCGUUUGUAACGAUGUCGGCAUCCAGGUCCGCCAGAGGAGAUGCAUGAGCUCGCAGCCAAUGCCUCUGCUCUUGGUUCCUGCCUGCCAGGGCCACCAUUCAGAGAGGAGGGAGUGCUCCACCCCUCCAUGUACAGCCAAGUGGAGUCCGUGGGGUCGCUGGGGGUCUUGCUCUGUGACAUGUGGCGGGGGUCGGAGGAUCCGAAGGAGGACUUGCGUCAGGACCUCGGAGGCAAUAGAAUGCACCGGACGUCCCGCUGAAACUCAAAAAUGUGGCAAGAAUCCAUGUGCAGUCAAAUGUCAACGCGUGUGUGCCGAGGGCCGCCCUGACGACGACUGCGGCCGCUGCGUGUGCGACGGCCAUGUUCUUCACGGCGACGUCCACAGUGUGACGGGGGUCCCUGUGGCGGGGGCCUUGGUGGCAUUCGCUGGCCGUCCCAAAGUCAUUCGUGCCCGGACAGAUGCCAAAGGCCACUUCAGACUGAAGGGAAUCUGCUCAUCCAACGUCACUUCACUCAUAGUCAGGAAGGACAAGUUUGCCCCCGUCACCGUCUCCUCCACCAGUAAAAGCACAGGCCUAUCCUGGGUGUCUGCUGUCCUCAGAUCAGCUGAGAAGCCCUACAUUGUGAAGCACCCCGAGGACAAGGUGCGUUACGAGGGUGGGCGUGUGCACCUGUGUUGCAAGGCAACGGGAUCACCAACACCUGACAAAUACUACUGGUAUCACAAUGGCACUCUCCUGGACAGAAAGAUGUACAAGUACCAAGAGGAAAUUGUACUGAAAGACCUGAAGCCAGAGCAGGCUGGACAGUAUUAUUGCAAAACCAGCAGCUCUGCAGGCAGCAUUAAGUCCUCCCCAGCAUCCCUCAUUGUCAUUGCAAAAGGAGCUCCAGCGUGCAAUUCCACUCCUGAGGCACAUCUGAUCAGACUGCCGCUGGAUUGCGUACAACCCGGGACGAACUCCAAGUUUUACAACGCUGGCCGCUGCCCUCAUAACAAAUGCGCUGGCUCUCUAGAAUUCGAUAUGCGCUGCAGAGAUGGAGCCGGGUUCUGUUGUGGUGUCCAAGCGCUGGAAAGUCGGACAAUUGAUUGUGGGAGCUACAGCCUUCCAAUCCGGUCUGUAUCCGAGUGCGGCUGUCAGAAAUGUGUGCAGCCAACUGUGCUGGUGCGUGGAAGAGUGGUCACAGCUGACAAUGGUGAGCCACUGCGAUUUGGUCACAUCUACAUUGGCAAAGAGAGGGCAGGCACCACUGGAUACCAAGGAGGUUUCACCAUACAAGUUACUCCUGACACACAGAGAUUGGUGGUGAAUUUUGUUGACCCCACUCAGAAAUUCAUUGACACUCCGAAGGUGUUCAUUUUGGACAAGAAGGGUGGAUCCAUUUACCACAAUGUGAAGGUGAUGAGGAAGCAGGCUCCGAUUGAUAUCGAAGCAGGCGAGACCAAUGCUAUUAACCUGGGAGAAAUUAAAGGGGAAGACCCGAUUGGGCAGUUAGUCAUUCCAGCCAACUCCUUUCACAAAGACAAUGGAGAAGUCUAUGAGGGAACCGUAAAAGCCAGUGUCACUUUCAUAGACCCAAGAAAUAUCACCACGGCUUCUGCGACCCCUGGUGACCUCAACUAUGUGGACACUGAGGGUGACAUGCUCCCUUUGAGGACCUACGGCAUGUUCUCUGUCGACUUCCGUGACGAGAGCAACAAGGAGGUACUUGGAGCCGGAGCAGUCCAAGUCCUUCUCGACACACAGCAUGUGAAAAUGCAAGAGCACAUUCCCAAAAUGAAACUGUGGUCUUUAAAUCCCGACACUGGAGUUUGGGAGGAGGAAGGCGACUUCUCGAGCACGACAACUACAGGUGGACACGGACGGAGCAAGCGUGAGGAGCGCACCUUCCUCAUAGGCAACAUGGAGAUUAGAGAACGUAGACUCUUCAAUCUGGAUGUGCCUGAAAACAGACGGUGCUAUGUUAAAGUCCGUGCCUACAUGAGUGACAAGUUCCUCCCUGUUGAACAGCUGGAAGGUGUUGUGAUCAGCUUGAUUAACCUUGAACCCAAGCCUGGAUAUUCCUCAAACCCAAGGGCAUGGGGUCGGUUCGACAGCGUCAUCACCGGCCACAACGGGGCCUGUUUACCUGCCUUCUGUGAUGCCCAGCGGCCUGAUGCAUAUACAGCAUAUGUAACAGCAAUGAUGGGGGGUGAGGAACUGGAGGCUGCUCCCUCCUCCCCGAAGAUGAAUCCAAAUAUCAUCGGAGUCUCUCAGCCAUAUCUGGAUAAAAUAGACUACCAGCGCUCAGAUCAUGAAGAUCCAGCUCUGAAGAAAACAGCCUUCAGAAUCAAUCUAGCAAAGCCCAACCAAAAUAAUCUGGAUGAGACUAAUGGACCCAUAUAUCCAUAUCAGAAUUUAAUAGCAUGUGAAAAUGCUCCGGUUGAUGCAAAUCAUUUCAGAUUCUUUAGGGUGGAGAAGGACAAGUAUGAAUACAACGUUGUACCCUUUGAGGAAACUGAUCUGACAACCUGGACAGGUGACUACCUAUCGUGGUGGCCUAACCCUCAAGAGUUCAGAGCAUGUUUCAUCAAGGUUAAGGUCCAUGGACAAAAGGAAGUGAUGGUCAGGUCGAGAAAUUUGGGAGGAUCACACCCAGAGACGAAAGGCCAACUUUAUGGCAUCAGAGAUAUACGCAGCACUCGGGACAUGCGAGAGGCCAACACUUCAGCUGCUUGUGUUGAGUUCAAAUGCAGCGGCAUGUUGUUUGAUCAAGCUGAGGUGGAUAGAUCCCUCAUCUCGAUCAUUCCACAAGGGAACUGUCGCAAGAUCGCUACCAACAGCCUUUUACAGGAGUACCUCAUCAAACACCCUCCAGUUGCACAAAACAACGACUCCCAUGCCUUCACCAUGUUAGCCCCUGUGGAUCCUCUGGGACACAAUUAUGGCAUAUACACAGUCACAGACCAGAAUCCCAGGGUUGCUAAAGAAAUCGCCAUCGGCCGCUGCUUUGAUGGCACCUCAGACGGUUUCUCCAGAGAGAUGAAGACAGACUCGGGAGUCGCUUUGACCUUCAGCUGUCCAGAGAGGAAAAUCAACAGAGAAAGCCUCUUCCAACGGCUGCAGACCAACCCAGGACAGACACUGUCACAGAUGGCAAGGGACAUGAGGGAGAUGGAAGGCAUGCAGGUGCAGAGGGCAUCCACUCGAGUGAUGGCCUAUCCCGCCGAGCAACAGGGCAGGACCCAGGGUCGUAGGGUUGUCACUACAAGCAGGAGGAGGACGGCUGUGCGCACACAACAACGCCAAUGAUAAGAGUCUAGAGACCUUCACUCAAGACUACUCAUGUUGUGGAAGUAAAACCUGACAUUCGGCUGAAGGAACUUCCUCUCAACUGUGGAAAUUACCAAACUCAGACACACAGCAAAAUGUUGAGCCUGGCUGAAGAUAUCCAAUAAUCGUAUACUGACUUGAAAAGGUUUGCUAUAUUAAUUUUUUUCCCCGUCCCUCCUGAAAGACAUACAUCUUGUGACUAUAUGAAAAGUAGUAAAUGCCGUGUAUCUACAGGCUCUGGUCACAUUUUAUGUCUGAAAGUCGUAUUUGACUUUUGAGAAUGUACAUUUUAUAGGUCUCAUUUGUGGUAUUCGGUGGUAUUUUUUUUGUUUUGUUUUUUGCAGCGAUUGUCUCAAAAGCAUACUGUUUAUGGUGGUGGCACCCAAUUGUGUAAAAUUGCUUUCCAAUGAACGUUUCUAAACGUUACAGACACUGAGCCCUUUCUCUUCAAACAGAGAGAACCAAAAGAGACCAUCUGUACAGUCCACCAGGUAACAGAGGACGUUUUCAGACAUUUUUCUCAAUGUUGUGCAUGGACACGCCACUUCGUCAGCUGAGAUUCAGCAAUACAUCUGUCCGUACCAAAGCAAAAUGACAUCAUCCAAGAGAAUAAUGGCAUGACUUGACACAUUUGCUGAUUUAUUCAGCUGUGUUGUGUUUACCAUUUUUAAAAAAAACUGUAAUACUUGACAAACAAAAUCCAUCCAUCCAUCCAUUUUCUGUACCGCUUACCCUCACUUAGGUCGCUGGCGUGCUGCAGCCUAUCCCAGCUGACUAUGGACAAGAGGCAGGGCACACCCUGAACUGGUCACCAGCCAAUCGCAGGGCACAUAUAAAACAAACAAACAGGAUCUCAGAACUGUGAGGCAGAUAUGCUAACCAGUCGCCCACUGUGCCACCCAAAAACUGUUAAUUGAAGCGGCAACUCUGUCAUAUGGCCAGUGGUGUGGUGAGGGGGAUUCCACCAGAAAUUGCACGUUAGGCGUUAAUUUAUUUGACUGCAUCUAUGUGUGUGUGUGCGUGUGUGUGUUGGCGAGAGGGGCGUCUAUUAGGGAGGAGACCAUUAAUUGGAACAAUAUUAAACAAGACACAUAGCUCCCCAGUACAAACAUGGACGCACACAACAUUGCAGAGAGUCACGCGUUAAGAGUCUACUGGACUCUGUGUCUACAUAACGUAAGAUCAUCUUUCUCUGCACAGGGAACCUGUUCACAAUCUGAAGCAAGGCUCCAUAGUCACAUACUUUAAUAUAUGCUGCUGUUUUGGUUAACAACAUAGUUCAAAUGGGCUUAACAGUUGACUUUAAUGUCCGUGUAAAAAAUAGCAUGUAAAGAGCUCAUUAGAGUUCCUCCCCCCUUUUUUUUCUUUUUCUCACAGCGACUUUUAAGGUAAUUUAAUUUCUUUAACUACUAUUACUUCUAAUCUUGCUUCCAUUGACACUUUCAGGUUUCAACCAUUUAGACAACCCUCAACAUGAUUUUUUACCAACUGCAGCAAUAGUUUUACAUGUUUAUGUAAGUCAGUAGACUGUAUAUUAAGUGUACCUUUAAUUAAUGUCAUAACUUCACACUUUCAAACUUGUUUAUCUGAAAAAGGAACAUUUGCAGCGCCAAUAAUAAGAUUACUUCUUCAAACUGAACUAAUCUGAAACCCCACCAAGGGUGACGUGGUCCACUGGGAAACCAGGAUAAGCUGAGACGUAAACACACUUGUGCAGUUAAUUAAAGAAUAAACUGUGCUUUCCUUUGGGGGCCAUUAGGGCAAUAUGACCCAGACAUUCAUUAACAGUCAAACAAGCUCAAUUAUACGAGAUAAAAAAAAAAGUAAUUAAAGCAAGAAGAUUAAGUCCAUCACAAUGGCACCAGCCUUCUAUCAGGUAGUGUUCACCUCAAUAUUGUCCGUGAUGCAUGAAAGGUUUAUGUGGAGUAUAAACAGUGUCACAUUGCUGAGGGUAACAAUCUAAUUGGUAUUUGGCAGUUGUCUAAUGGUCGCACUAGAUUAGCCUCCAACUACCACUGACCCUAAUGAGGACAAGCACUAUAGAACAUGAAUGGAUGGCUGUAUACUAGCCACUUUUUGGCAUCAUUGGUACGUUUUGCAAAAUGACAGAGAUACCUGCACACACUCUGACCACAAGCACAGUCUGGACUGAAAACAAAUAUCGCCCUGCAGCAGAUGUACCAUCCAAUCUGCAAGGCAGAUAACAAUUGAAUCCAGGAGCUAUAGCAACAGUCUGUCAGGUCGUCAUGACAUCAAACAUCUGCAGAGCAACUGUCGGAAAAGUUAGACCUGCAGAGACAUCCGCUAGUGACGGAUGAAAUGUUUGGUCAAGGAGGAAAAAGUGAAGUAAUUGGGGUCUUCACAGUCCAACAAGCGGUUGCACAUGCAAGCUGGAAAGAUGCUUUGACAGCAGUGGCGGCUUAUUCAUGAGAACUUAUCAGGGGGAGUUUGAGCGACAACGUAACAAUAACAAUAGCCCGGCCAAGGCCUCGCAUGGGAAAGCAAAGCGUGCUGUUCGAAGUUUUGCUUAGAACAUCAAAGGACACUUAAGAGGCAAAACAUUUGCAGCAUUUUGAGGAUGAAAUGAUGCGAGUUUAAGGCCCAUUCCAACAGACAAAGCACACAAAAACCAGAUUGAUCCUGUGUGGAAAGAAAAUGUUGAUCUCAGUGGGAAGGGUAUUCAUCGUAAUAACAUUUUCACUUGGCGGAGAGUCAUACAAUGUUAGCCUGACAAAUCAUUGGUUGGAGGGUUACUGUCUAUUAGCGUUGAGAACGGGAAUCUUAGAAAACUUUCUGGAACUCUACACAGCCUGACUGGCAACAUUUUGAAUAGUUGAACACAAAUUGUUGAGAAAGUGUUGACAUUUAACUGCAUAAACCUAUUGUUUUCCUAUGACCCAGUAGAUCUAUUUUCUUGCAAGCACUGUCCUCUUAGAUAACCUACAUGUUAAACUAAAGUUAAACAUGUUAAGACAAAAGAAAAAUAAAUGUUAUAUAAAAGUAUAUUUAUAUAUUUUUGGGAGGUUAAUAUAAUCCUUGACACAAAAAUGGUCAAUGUAAUUUCAGCUCUUUCGUACAAGUCAUAACAGCCUUAUUUUUUUUCUGGCAAUUUUCCACCGGUGGUGGUACCAGAGCUAUAAAAUUGGUUAAUGCUUCAUGUGAGUGUGAACCCAAUGUUUUUUGAAUGAUUCGGACCCAAUAUGCUUGAAGUAACUGGGGCUAUACACAAAUGAAACAAAAUUAACAUUCACUAUAUAUAUAUAUAUAUAUAUAUAUAUAUAUAUAUUUUAAAUCUUUUGCACAGUCAAGCUGGUCUCAGAGAGAUCAUAAUUUAUUUCGGAGGUCAUUCUUGAACAUUUUCCCACUACUUCGAAGUGAAAAUUUCCCCAUGCCACUCUGCUUGCAGGAAGCCACCUUGAAUUGCAGCUUUGAUAGCAUUAAUGUUUGCAUGGUGACACCAGUCACUCUUCAUGUGUAAAUGGUGUAUUGUAUAAACUUUGUAUGAUCAAGAGACUGUAAAUAAAUGUUUUUGAUGAA